AUGCAUCACGUCCCGUCGUACACUGUCUUGCGAGAGUCAAGCCUCAUGAUGCCAUCUAGAAGGAUAUCAUGGCCUGUGCUCAAGUCACUGCACAAAGUGCAUCGGGGCCAUCUCGCAGUCAAACGAACUCUAACCUCCUUAACCCUUAGCUCACCCACCAACAGUUAUCCAACUUCUCAUUCACCGCUCAAAAAUAUACAAGAUACGCCGUGGUUCACAGAUAAUGCAUUUCUCCGGUCGGAUACCUCGCAAUUUAUCGAGGUACAUGAUCCAGCUACCAACAAUCUGGUUACGAGGGUACCCCAAAAUACCAAUGCCGAACUCCAGGCCGCAGUCGAGAGUGCACGCAGGGCAUUUCCAGCUUGGAGAGCUACAAGUGUGAUGGCGAGGCAACAAAUAAUUUUCAAGUUUACCCAGGGUGUACGAGAGAAUUGGCAUCGUUUGGCCGCAAGUAUCACCUUGGAGCAGGGAAAGACUUUUGCCGAUGCUAAGGGUGAUGUACUCCGUGGCCUACAGGUUGCCGAAAAUACAUGCAACCUUCCACAAUUGAUGUUGGGUGAGGUCCUAGAAGUAGCCAAAGAUAUGGAGACAAAAAGCUACCGAGAACCAUUAGGUAUUGUUGCAGCGAUUUGUCCAUUCAACUUCCCUGCCAUGAUUCCUUUAUGGUCCAUACCAAUUGCUACCGCAACUGGGAAUUGUCUGAUUCUCAAGCCCUCGGAACGUGAUCCUGGUGCUGCAAUGAUACUCGCCGAGAUUGCUGAGAAAGCUGGAUUCCCCAAAGGUGUAUUGAAUAUUGUUCACGGUGCAGCGAAAACUGUAGAUUUUAUCAUUGACGAACCUCAAAUCAAGGCUAUCAGCUUUGUCGGCUCUAACCAUGUGGGUGAAUAUAUUUUUGAGCGUGGGUCGGCAAAGGGGAAGCGCGUACAGGCAAAUCUUGGAGCUAAAAAUCAUGCCGUUAUUCUACCAGACGCUAACAAACAUGAUGCCCUAAAUUCUAUAGUAGGAGCGGCCUUUGGGGCAGCUGGUCAACGCUGCAUGGCACUUAGUACACUGGUCAUGGUGGGCGAGACCAAAGAGUGGCUAAGCAAACUAGUCGAUUCAGCUACUGCGCUCAAAGUAGGCGGUGGGUUUGACGAUACUACCCAUAUCGGCCCUGUCAUCUCACCCCAGAGUCGAGAACGUAUUGAGCAUCUGAUAACUUCAGCGCAAGAAGAGGGAGCUAGCAUUCUUCUUGACGGUCGAGGCUAUAAGUCAGACAAAUAUCCAAAUGGUAACUGGGUUGGUCCAACGGUAAUAACCAACGUUAAAGUGCACAUGAAGUGUUACCGGGAAGAAAUCUUUGGCCCCGUACUCAUUUGUCUCAGUGUCGACUCGCUCGAGGAAGCAAUAAGUUUGGUCAAUGCCAACGAGUAUGGAAAUGGUGCCGCAAUUUUUACACGCUCAGGCUCCGCUGCGGCCUAUUUUCAAAGAAACAUUGAGGCUGGCCAGGUUGGGAUCAACGUACCCAUUCCCGUACCCUUGCCCAUGUUCAGCUUUACAGGCAAUAAAAAGAGUGUUGCUGGUGGAGGUGCUAGUUACUUUUAUGGCAAGCCAGGAUUACAAUUUUACACGCAACUUAAGACAGUGACUAGCUUGUGGAAGAGCGAUGAAGAUGGCAUUAAAUCAGUAGAGGUUUCGAUGCCAACACCAAGAUAA